CGAUUUCAGCAGUUGAGCAGGGAACGACGAACCUCCCCGAUUUGGAACCAGAGUGUGCAUUCGUGGGUUCUUCACUGGUUUUAUUUUGUGUAAUUGGUUCUGUGAAGAAGCAGCAGAACAUCCAGAACACACAGAAGCGGCGCAGGAAGCCAUCGACGACAGCUUUUCAGUACAGUUCCAGAGUGUUACAGUUGUGGAGACUUUGGAGAAGUGUAUUGUGGCACGAGGCGGUCGUAAAGAGUUUGGUGUUCUUGAGACAAAGUGAGAGUUUAAGCAUAUUGAAGCUCCCGAAGAAGCGACUUGUGUGAGACCUUGUGUGAGUGAUUUUGGAAAGCAAAGAUCGUUCUGAUUAGUUGCUGCUGAGACGGCAAUUGUGAUCAUCUGGAAGCAAGGCAGAAGCGGAGAGGUCAAGUUCAAGUUCAACGGCGCGACAUCGACGAGAAAUGGCAGUGGAGAUGAAGUUAAUUUUAGUGACGUGUAUUCUAUCGACGCUUGUGCUCAGCAUACAAUGUCGUCCCCAGGCAGUGCAAGUCGAACCCCAGCUGAUGCGGCGCCUCUUUGCGCAACCCCGCGCCCUCGUCGAUCCCCCCUUCAUCGAGCAGCGCGGCUCGAUCGAGGAAACGCAACGCAUCCUGCGCGAAAUCGAACGCAUCAACAUCGCCAUGGGCUACCGGAAGAAGCAGGAGGUGGCCUUUCCGCGGACGUCCAACUUCAACGAAGGGUACUUUUAUCCCCGGCCGGUCUACCAGCCGUUGAAUUUUCGCACCACGACCAUGAGUCCCGCGGCACCGGUUCCGAUGUUCAAGCAGUUCACGGGUGAACGGUUGGUGUCUACGGUGGAUCCGUUCAGGGCACAGGUCUACUACUAUCCGGCACCGUACUUGAGGGUUCCGAUGGUGGAUGGUCCGAGGGCGUUUCAGUCCGGGGAGGUGCUGGAGAUUAAGCGGAGCAAGGAAUUGAGUCCGAAGAUCUUCGUGCUGCCGAUCGCUGUUCCGUCGGCUGACGGGCGGUCCAGCGAGGUGCGGUACAUUCCGAGCACGGUCAACUUUGGAUCGCUGCAGGGUUUCAGGAGCAGGGGAAAGGCCAUGGAGGAUGAGGAGAGGAAGGUGAAGAAGGGGAAAGGUAUGGUAGAGGACAUGGCCGAAGUUGUGGAGGAGGAUAAGGUGGAUGAGGACCUGCUGGAGGAGGUGCUGGACGCUGUUGAUUACGAUUUGGAUGACGAUGAGGACGAGAAGCAGCAGGUAUUGCCCGUCACGGAAAAGUUUGCGAAUGAUAAGUUUAUGAACAGCAAAUUGACUGAUUCCAGCGAGGAGAACAGUGACGAGCAGGCUGAUUUAGAGGUGAUGAUGCUAAACAAAGGUGUCCGCGGCACUAGUCGUAGCUUCAACAUAACGGCUACCUUCCAGAACUUCACCAACCGGUUCAUUCCUUCGAGCACUCCGACCACCACGCUGGAACCGUCAGACAUUAAAGAACUGCAACAACUAGACUUCUCGGAAACAUCGGAUGCUACCGCUCCUCAAGCGGAGCUUGAACAGGAGAAAGGUCCAUUCGGGCUAUUCAACCGUCAAACCGACCCCGGCAACGGCGGCAUCGUGAUUCAGCGUCUGCGAGUGCGCCAGGGAGGUAUUGCGAUCGCCGGACCGGGAGGUAUUGCCACGGCCGGAAGCGGAGGCACGGCAAUUGUCGGUCCCAACGGGACGGCCAUCACCCAUCCGAGGAGCUUGACGAUUGCCGGACCGGGUGCAAAAAUCUACGCCGUUCCGGAGUCCGUAGACCUGGGCAAGACGAUCAAUGCUACCAAGAGAAGCCUGCCACUCGAUGCCGUCCUGGUGGCGAACGGUCCCGUGGUGUACUAUCGGAAUCCACAACAGGCAGCGUCACAGUUUCCCUCACCCUACCUGCUUGCACCGGGUUCCAACGUGAACCUGAACUACCCACCGCCAGCAACGGCAGCUACGUUCUUCCCCUACGGCGCCGGUGAAGGCUCGUUUCAGCUCAUUCCAGCGGAAGCGUUCGCACCGCAUCCGUUCGCACGGAUUCCGAAAACCUACGGCGGCGCGGUGAAUCCGUCACCACAACCACCGAUUACGGUUACACCGAUCAAGCUGACCGACGCACGGGGACGUCCCGCCUCGCUGACCCAGGGACGGAAGCAGAAGAAACCGAAGCGCGUCAUGAGUGCACCGUACGUACAAGCGGUUCAGCAACCGAACAAGCAGUUCAAAGUGCAAAAGAUGCAAGUUACGAAGCUGCGGAACGUAACACCGGGCAUGGUGAAGCCAGCGAAGCUCGUGCAGCUGCCAAAGACUCCAGCGAGACCAAGACCGGCAGCUCCUCAACGUCAAGCUGCACAGCAGCAAUCAGCUCGCUUACAGACUCCAGUAGAGGUUCAGCUUGUACCGCUUCAGUUGCAAGCGAUUCAACCAGUUCAAGCGAUCCAACCAGUUCAACCAGUUCAAGCGGUUCAAUAUCAACCUCAACAGUUUGCUCCAUUAAUUCAGCAAGAUGCGUCCCAGUUCCAAGCGACUCUACCCGAGCAACCCGUCCUGGUGACGGCUUCGGGUUCAACGGCCGCCGAUCAACCGAUCGCACGAUCCCCCGUGCUUCCAACGGGAACCGCGAGUUAUCCCUUCUACGGCGUCCCAACGACCGAUAACCGCGACGAAGCUUCGCUCAUUCUGGAGCCCAACUCAAAGGCCAUCUCCGGCAACGGUGGAACGGCGAUCUCGACUCCGGUGUCGCACGCCAUUCUCAAGCACGGUAGUUCAACUAAGAUCCUCUUCCGACCGCAGUCGGUGGCGAUCGUGGGCGCCAACGGGAGGGCGCACGCCCAAGCCGAUCUUAUUGUAGACUAUGUUGACCUGCUUGCGCAGACGCCCGAACAUCGCUCCGCGGCGGACGUCCUGAAGCUGCCGUUCUACGGGGGUGCCCGCGGCCAGAUCCUCGAGAUCCGCAAAAACUCGGACGGAACAGUGGUGAGCAAAAUACUGCGCGGUGAAGACGAAGAAGAUAUGGAACUAAAAGUUCACCAGAUCGUAGACGAGCUGAAGAACAACGAGGAGAUCCUGGCGGAGGACGACGAGAUCCGGGCGGCCGAUCAGUCCUUCGGGGACUACCUGCUCAACAUCCAGAAGGCGGCCGCUUCGCUUGUGACGCUGCAGGACCAGGUCAAGAAGACGGGAAAACUGUCGCCGGACCAGAAGAAGGUGUACGCCGACAACCUGGAGAAGCUGGGCGUGGCGGCGCAGAAGUUGGCCCACAUCCAGCAGCAGGACGAUGAUCACGAUGCGAUCAAGUUUUUGUUCAACUCCGAAUACGACCAGCAGAACGCCCAAUCGGAUGCCCAGAAGAAGAAGACCACGAGCUACAAGGUCACCUCGUUCCCGGGAUUCAAGGGCAAGGAGGAGGAAAAGCCGCAGCCCACGACCGCCCACCACAAGAAGAAGGAAGAGGAGGAAAAUGUCGGCGAGGAGGACAGCGUUUCGGCCCAGGCUGACGACAGUGUACAGGUGAACUCGCCCGAAAAGGAGGCUUCGAUUGCGGAAGCUAAGCCAGUUGGUCUUGCCAUCGCCGGCGAGGGCGGCGUUGCGUCUUCGAAACCCGUUGCCACUGCUGUCGUCGGAGACGGUGGUCUGGCCGUUGCUCGUCCCGUGGCCACCGCCAUUGCUGGCAUCAAACCGUCCGAGAUUGGAUCGCUGGGUCUGCCCAUCACCGUGAACAAGAAGCUUGUCACCAAGGGAAAGUAUGGACUGGUGGCGGCGGAUCAGGAAAUCCCGAUGGGACUGUUGGUUGGACCGGGAUUUCAGGAGGCUCGCGUCUCCCAGAAUGAAAUUGAGGCCGAAAUUGACGACGCUCGGCAGCAGGCAAUUGGGCAGAUGAGCGGAACGUUGGCGCCCAACUUUGACACGGAGAAGUUUUUGGCCAGCUUGAGGUUGAAGGCCAAGCAGCAGCAGGCUCAGCAGCAGGUGAUCGCGGCUAGUCAGCAGCAGCAGCUUGGAUUUGGAGGGUACGGUCAACAGGCUCAGAGCGUCUUGCCCCAGUCGUAUCCGUACGUGAGCGAUUACAUGAGCAGCCCUGCGCAGUACACGCCGGCGUACACCCCGAGCUACGUUCCGACCUACUACAGCUGGAAUCCGUACCAGUCGUACCCGUCCGCGUACCAGUCCGCUUACCAGACCUAUCCGAGCUACCAGAGCCAGCUGGCCCUGAUGGCCGCAGCCUACCAGCAACAGCAGCAGCAGCAACAGUUUGCUGCCUUUCAGCCCCAGUACAACCCAUACCUGGCCAGUGCCGUCACCCAUGCCUUUCAGCCCCAGUAUGACUACCCUCAGCGAACUUACUACUCAGCUGCCAUCGCCACUCCGGCCAGCACCGCUGCUCCAACUGCGGCCGCCGCGGCCUCUGCCUACCCAAGCUAUUACAAUUAUCCAUCCUACUCAACCCCAUCGCCAUACAGAUUUUUCUACUAUUAGUCUGCUCGUGACGCCUCCCGGCGGGGGCGCCCAACCCUACGUGCUAAGCAUCAGCUCGAAUGGGAACUAGUUUCGUAAGGAUCGACAAACAAAACUCAAAAAUCAACAAAAAGACUUAAAAACUGUGCGAGCCUUCCCCCGAUGAAGUCCCAAGAACGACCUCCCUAUAGAACAUCCUCUGGCAUGCCAUCGAAGUGAUCCCGUACAAAUAAUUACUCAACUUAACUCAAC